AUGGCUCAAACGAAUACCGGCUUGAAACAUCUCUCCAACGCUCUUGCGACCCCCGAUCAGCUCUCCAAUUCGUCCUCGUCUAUCGACGGAGUGCCCACGGACCUUGAAACCUCGAUCCGCUGCGCCGGCGCGCAACUCACACAAGCAGCCGGUGUGUUGCUACAUCUAUCGCAAGAUAUUAUCGCCCAGGCAAUUGUGAUCUUUACGCGAUUCUGGCUAGGUGUAGAUGGGGGUAGCUUGCGGAUCUAUUCUGCCAAGGAUGUCUCCGCCGCCUCUCUCUACCUGACCGCGAAGCUAUCGUUCCAGCCGACUUCACCUCGCUCCAUUCUAAAUGUCUAUAAUCUCCUUCUCUCCCAAGAUGUCUCACCAUUGUCGUUUGUGAACCCACGCGGGGCUCCGAAACAGCCACCCGCAGCAGAUACCUACGUCCUCUCUGAAGGAGGGUACCAAGCCGGUCGACUGGUCCUCCUGCGCGUCGAAUCGGUUAUCCUCCGCACCCUCGGUUUCGAUACACACGUUGCCCUUCCUCAUACCAUUGCCCUCACCUACCUCCAAACACUGGGUGUGAGUCGACCUGCCGUUUCGCGCCGGGUCCUCGAGCAUCUCAACGCUGCAUUACUUUCGCCUCAACUACUCUACGUAACACACCAACCGAACGCGCUCGCAGUGGCGGCUAUCUAUCUUGCUACGCGGGAGGAAGGGGUCAAGCUGGUAGAUGGAGAAUGGUGGGAGGUGUUUGAUGUUGACCGUGAGGAGCUCGGGUUUUUGGUGGUGGGAAUGAGAAGUACUGAGGGUUUUAUGCGGAAAGAGACAGAGUUGUGGAAGAACAAGGCGAUUCCUAUGGUGAUAGAUGAGGUGGAUGCGGAGGUUGAGCGACGACGGAUGAUGGACGAAGGUGAAUGA